CGUCCCCGCAAGCCGCUUGGCCUAAACAAAAUACGUGCGGUUUGAAAAUUUCCCAUCGAAUCGAAUAAUCCUCUUGCUUCUGCUUAUCUCUCUCUCUCUCUCUCUCUCUCUCUGGGGGAAGUUGGAACACUCCUCGGAACAUACUGCAAAGAAAAUGGUGAUGUUCAAGGUUGCUCGUGUCGAAACCAAGCCUUACGAUGGCCAGAAACCGGGGACUUCGGGUCUGCGGAAGAAGGUGAAAGUGUUCAUGCAAGCACAUUACUUGGAAAAUUUUGUGCAGGCAACAUUCAAUGCGCUUUCAGCAGAGAAAGUUAGAGGUGCUACACUUGUUGUUUCUGGUGAUGGCCGCUAUUAUUCAAAGGAAGCCGUCCAGAUUAUAAUUAAGAUGGGAGCUGCAAAUGGAGUAAGACGUAUUUGGGUUGGUCAAAAUAGCUUGCUGUCCACUCCUGCUGUAUCAGCUGUGAUACGCGAAAGAGUUGGGUCUGAUGGAUCCAAGGCAUCCGGAGCAUUUAUAUUGACAGCAAGUCACAAUCCAGGUGGUCCCCAUGAGGAUUUUGGAAUCAAAUACAACAUGGAAAAUGGUGGACCUGCUCCAGAAGGAAUUACCGACAGGAUCUUUGAGAACACAAAAACCAUAAAGGAGUACCUAAUUGCAGAAAACUUGCCAGAUGUGGAUAUCUUUGCAAUAGGGAUAACAAGCUUUUCUGGACCUGAGGGGCAGUUCGAUGUUGAUGUUUUUGAUUCAGCUACUGAUUACGUGAAAUUGAUGAAGUCAAUAUUUGAUUUUGAGUCGAUCCGAAAGCUGCUUUCUUCUCCAAAAUUUACAUUCUGUUAUGAUGCACUUCAUGGAGUUGCUGGAGCUUAUGCCAAGCGCAUAUUUGUAGAGGAGCUUGGUGCACAAGAAAGGUCAUUACUGAACUGCGUGCCCAAGGAAGACUUUGGAGGAGGGCAUCCAGAUCCCAAUCUGACCUAUGCAAAGGAGUUAGUUGCACGUAUGGGGUUGGGUAAGUCAAGCUCUGAAGUUGAACCACCAGAAUUUGGAGCUGCUGCUGAUGGCGAUGCUGAUCGUAACAUGAUUCUUGGUAAAAGGUUUUUUGUUACUCCAUCGGAUUCAGUUGCUAUUAUUGCUGCAAAUGCUGUCCAAGCUAUACCUUACUUUUCUGGUGGUCUGAAGGGAGUUGCCAGGAGCAUGCCUACUUCUGCUGCUCUAGACGUUGUUGCUAAGCAUUUAAAUUUGAAAUUUUUUGAGGUGCCUACUGGCUGGAAAUUCUUUGGUAACCUAAUGGAUGCUGGGUUAUGUUCAGUAUGUGGUGAAGAAAGUUUUGGAACUGGCUCUGACCAUAUUCGUGAGAAAGAUGGAAUCUGGGCUGUAUUGGCUUGGCUUUCAAUUCUUGCCUAUAAAAAUAAGGAUAAUCUCAAUGGGGAAAAGCUUGAGACUGUUGAAGGCAUUGUCCGCCAGCAUUGGGCUACCUAUGGUCGCCACUAUUAUACUCGAUAUGAUUAUGAGAAUGUUGAUGCAGUUGCGGCGAAAGAACUGAUGGCAUAUUUGGUCAAGCUGCAAUCUGAUCUUACUGAAGUGAACAAUCUUAUAAAGGGGGUACGUUCAGAUGUCUCAAAUGUUGUCGAGGCUGAUGAGUUUGAAUACAAAGAUCCUGUUGAUGGUUCCAUCUCAAAGCAUCAGGGUAUUCGCUAUCUGUUUGAAGAUGGGUCACGAUUGGUUUUCCGCCUCUCGGGAACUGGCUCAGAAGGCGCAACCAUUCGUCUUUACAUUGAACAAUACGAGAAGGAUCCCACAAAAAUCGGGAGAGAUUCUCAAGACGCACUUGCUCCUCUUGUGGAUGUUGCUCUCAAGUUGUCUAAGAUGCAGGAAUUCACCGGCCGAUCUGCCCCCACAGUUAUUACAUAGAUCCAUACUGCUACACACAGCAUCAGACCGUACGUAUUCUAGAAAAUAAUAAGAUAGUUUUGUCUUGUGCCAUGAACUACUGCACUAAGGUGUUCACUUCAUAUAUUCGGCUCUAUGUUGCCUUUACUGUUGGCUCAUGAGAGUAUUGUGUCUUGGUAAAACCAUUUUUGUUCAGAAUAAAUGAAUGUGUAUCAUUCCGUUGAUUUAUAACUAGUUUGAAGAGUUGACAUUC